AACCAACCUGUGCAACAAGUCAUAUAAACUUGUAUUCUAGAGAGCCAAGAGAUGGAUGAAGCACAACCACCUAUUGUAGUUACAAGUACAAGCAGCAUGCCGCAGGAAGACACGCUGAGUAGAGACAGCACCACAGCAGAGGGUGCAACCACCCCUAUCCUGCAAGGUCAUGUCUUCAAGCAAUCCAGUCAUGGCAUUGGCUCAAAGAUUGGACUCAUCUCAUUCAAGAAGAGAUAUUUUGUUCUAUUUAACGGAGUGCUCAUGUAUUACAGACACCAGUCGAGCUACGAGAAAGACAAGCACCAUGGCUUGAAACGUGGCAAGAAGAUCUUAUUGGAUAACCUGUACCUAACCCACUGCUCAUUACAUACCACAAGCCAUUGCUUUACUCUCCAUACGCCUCACACAGACAACAAGAGAACGUUGUAUCUACUGGCUAUGACAGAUCGCCAGUCACGGAAUAUUUGGAUGGAGAUGCUUCAACAACAGAACCAGCAGCUAGAUCCACCUAUCAGUGAAACUGACGGACCUCUGAAACCCCUCCCACCUUACAUCAACAUGAUACGAACGCUGAGAACACCCUCCCCUGUAAUGAGACAAAGAUCACCCACUCCUGAUCAAAUACACAUCACAGAACUGGAAAACUAUCACUACUCUGCUAUGCAUGAAAUACAAGAACCGACUAAGCUAAGACGUGGAACCUGGAGCUGCCACCAACCCUCAGGGCUUCUCAAGACGACAGACAAAGGCUACAAGAAGUCGUUAAGUGCAGGGGCUGUCCCCCCUUACAAGUCUAGACCUGGUAGUAGUGACUCUCUGGCGAAUGAGCUACAGAAAUCGUCAGAAUGACAUUAAUUGAGGAAAUUUAUUUAUUUAUUAUUAUUUAUUUAUUUAUAUGGGAGCGGUUGUUUAUUAUUAAUUAAGAUACACUACUUGAUAUACAUGACAAAAAUUUGAACAAAUCAA